AUGAAAAGGAGUCUGGCUGACACACCAGUGCGCAGCACAGCAGGUUGUCUGCCUGUACCUCUGUUCAAUCAGAAGAAAAGAACUAGACAGCCCCUUACUUCAAAUCCUCUUAAAAGUGAGCCAGGUACCAGUUCUGGGACUCAUACUUAUGAAUUUUCUCCCACAUCAUUUGGCUGGGGAACUACAAGCCCAGAAGUGGAUGAACUAGAGGAAGCAGCAAACAAUAGCCGAACAGAUCAUAUGGCUCCUUCCCUGAUGAAGCCACCAAAUGCAUCAAAGUCCAAUUUAGCAAAUGCUGGAAAAACCUUUUAUGCUUUCAGGUUGGCUCCCAUUACUAAAGUUUGGAACAGAAAUGAGUAUACUCCUUUAACUAAAACAGCAGAUUCAAGAUCUGACAGUGGAAGUAUUCAGAAGUUUGAGAGCCUUUCAAAUAAUCUGAAAACUGUCCAGCUGCAGAAAAACCCUGAUAACCGAACUUCAUCUCAGCAUAUCAAAACAGAAGCCAGGCAAACAUCUAAAGGACAGUGGCCAGUGAAACCUAACACUGUUUCAAAAAGUCUGCAGGAUCACAGUCUGCCAUUCAAGUUUAAUCCCAAUAUUCAGCAAAAUAAAAUGAAUGAAAACCAGAUUGAUGAUGUUCCAGAAAACAAAAGUCAGCAAGCUUCAUCAUUUCAAUUAAAACUUAAAGAAAAAAGGAGUUCUUUGCGAAUCAUAUCUGCAGUGAUUGAAAGUAUGAGGCACUGGAGUCAGUAUGCUUAUAAAACUCCACUGUUAUUCGAAGUUUUAGGCACACUUGAUUCUGCAGUCACAACUGGAGCAUACGGGGGAAAGAAUUUUCUUCUGAGAGAUGGAAAGGAGAGCCUGCCUUGUGUGUUUUAUGAAAUUGACCGGGAGCUUCCAAGACUAAUUAGAGGUCAAGUGCACAGGUGCAUGGGCAACUAUGAUGCAAAAAGGAACAUUUUCAAGUGCUUCUCUGUAAGACCAGCAACUCUGCAAGAACAAAACACUUUCCAAGAAUUUGUUAGAAUUGCAGAUGUUGAGAUGGCAGCAUAUGUAAAAACACUUAAUGAAAUUUAA